AUGGACGAGCUCCGGAUGCCGGAUGACGACGUGCCGCUGCUGGGCAAGCAAGCCUCGGGCCAGUCCUGGUUGGCCAGGAAGCAGGCGGACUUUGUCCAGCUCUUCUCCGCCGCCUACUGGCGCGCCAAGCUCACGCCCGAGACCCUCCGCAUUCUCCUCUACUUCUUCCUUCUGGUCCUCUUUGGCAUUGCCAACAGUGUCACGGGUCGGUACAAUCAGAUGAAGUUCGGCUCCAACUACGCCUGGUUCAACAACCAGUUCACGACGUUGACGUAUUGCGUGCUGGCGCAGAUCAUCACCUCCUACAAAUACUUUUUCACCAACGACAUCACCGACGAGAUGAAGGCUUUCCCCGUGUGGAAGUUCUUCCUCUUCGGCGUGUUCGAUGGUCUUGCCGGUUUUCUGUUCUCGAUCGGUGCUCCCAACACGCCGGCCACCCUCCAGAACAUCAUCAAUCAGACGAUCAUUCCCAUGACGAUGGUGGCCUCCUUCAUCGUCCUCCGGGCGAGAUACGGACUGGGCAAGAUCGGCGGCGCCGGAAUCAUUCUCGCGGGCGCCUUCGUCGCGCUCAUCCCGCUCUUCACCAGCAACAAGAACAGCGACAAUCCUCCCGCCCUCUGGUAUGCGAUCCUCAUCUACGUGUCCAACAAUGUUCCCCAGGCGCUGUCCAACGUCACCAAGGAGCUCGCGUUCGGGCAGGUGGUGCUCGACGUGUACUACAUGGGCUCCUGGGUGGCCUGGUUCCAGCUGGGCGUGAGCUUGUCCCUCCUCCCGGUCACCAUGCUCCCCGGUUUCGGCGGCAUCUCGGCGAGCGACAUCCCCGACCAGAUCCAGAACGGCUACUUCUGUCUUCUCGGAUGGAACACGCUGCCGGGCGACUCGUGUGAGUACAACUACCUCUUCACGGGCAUGUACGUCCUCGUCAACUUCGGCUACAACAUCUUCAUCCUGCUCGUCACCAAGCACGCCUCAGCCACGCUCUUCACGCUGGCCUUCGCCCUGCGUCUGCCGCUGACCCAGGUCGUCUACACGCUGCACUUCAUCAUGUUCCAAUUCACCGAGGACUUCAACUGGGAGACGAUCGUGUCGCUCGUCGUCGUGCUGCUGGGCUUUGCCAUCUACUCCGCGGCCAGCAGCCCGGCCGAGCCCGAGGCCGGCGCCGAUGAGGAGAACAAGGACCUGCUGGGCAAGGACGAGCCGGAGUUGACCAAGGAGCGGACCGUCGCGCUCUUCAACCCGCGACUCGCCGGCGUGCCCGAGCAGGUGUUCGCCGUCAAGCCCGAGGCCAAGGACCAGCUCUACCUGCGCAAGUCCUACAUGUACCGCCUGGGCAUCAAGACGCCCCAGGUGGUCGCCUACGAAUCCAACCAGCGGACCAACAUCAACUAG